UUCAGUGAUGAAGCAUUAGCUCAGAUUGGUUCCGAACAAAAAGCAGUGCAUAUGAAGAUGCUCUCUGUAACCUGCACUCCAAAUAUUGUUUGUGUAAAAGAAGCUGGAAGAGGAGAGACGCAUGUCCACAAACGUGUACAACAGCUUUGUAUAUGCAAAGACCUGAUGCACUCUCUCUUGUUGUAGUGAACAUGGAGGUGGUAGAUUCCAGACAGUGAUAGGUUUAUGAUCUGGAUAAUGGAAAAUGUGCAUUUGCAAUAUAAUGGGCUGCAGAUCCGUUUUUCUACGUAUAUGCUUUUCCACAACAUGAAUGCCCCCAUUCACCCAAAUACCACCAAUUAAUUCUGAUCCAACAGAAAAUGUUCGCACUGAUAUUGUAGUAAUUUAAAUAUGUCAUAUUAUUGUCACUGAAAAGUGUUUAGCCGGUAUAAAAGCGAAUGCAUUAGAAAGGAUUGUUUGUGCAUGUUUUUAUUAAUAUAUAAGCUAAGUCUCUUGUACAGAUUCUUUAACACUGCCAGAAUGAAACCUACUUAAAAAACUCUGGAGACAAACUGGUGAACAAUGAAAGCUGAUCUAGAACCUGCAGCCAAAAGAAAGAAACGGAAGACUAGACGGACACAAUGGAUUGUCUCAGCUAGUUUGUUCCACAAUCAGCCCAGAGGACAAACAGUAAAUGGCUAACCUGCUGUGAUAAAAUGAGAGUGAACACCGAGGCUGGUGGGCUGAACUGUUCUAAAGAAGGCAGGACCUUUUCUGCUUCCAACGCGCAGUCAGAGCCGCUGAAAUAAAAGCUCUGUGAGCCAGCACAGCUAUUGGCUGGAGGCUGCAGGUCUGUGUGCUCUGACGAUGGAGAGCUGCAAUCACCAGCUCACACACUGACUCCACUCAGCAAACUGAAGGGACCAUGUCGCAGUUCACUCUGGGAGUUCACCUGCAGAUUGUGCUGGCUGUGGGUCUGGCUGUGUUCUGCUAUUGUCUGGUUCUUGGCUGCAUCCUUUGUUGUCGCAGAAAGAAGAGUGUUUCAUCGGAUGACAAGGAAGGAGUUUUCUUGUCUCCUCAUCCUGCUGAGAGGGUCACCAUGACACUGACUCCAUCUCUGUGCACGCAACCUGUCAAGCAGCAGUAUGAGGAGCUGGAUGGGGAUGUGUUGGACUUUCCUUCCUCUAAAAGCAGCUCUUCUCCCUCCGAGGAUGACCUCACUGCUUUGCCCUUCGACCGCAGCCCAACCAGGUCUGCUGAGCUGGUCCAGUCUCGGUCUUCUUUCCCCAUGCGGCGCCUCAGCACUCCAGCUCAUCCCUGCUCACCCAGCAAACCUCAAAGUCAUGGCAGGGCCUCUUUGCCAUCCAUCACUAAGUUAAGUUUUGUGUCUAAAUCCCGUCGGGCGAUGGGAAGGCGCAGCACUGUGAGUGGAGAAAGUUUAAUCUACAGUGAGAGCAGCUGUUUGGCUGCUGCUGCCGCCAGAUCUCCUGUCCAGCAAGGGGAGGCCAGUCUGUCACAGUAUGGCUCCAACUCUGUCUCCAUUCUCUCCAAGUCAGCUCCUGUCCUGCACUUCUCCCUGCUCUUCUCUUCUGCCUGUGGCAAUCUGGUGGUCAACAUCCUGGGGCUCUCGGGAGCCAGUCGAAGGCGUAGUGGGAUGUUUGUUCGGGCCAGCCUUCCUCCACUCUGUCCGUCUCCUCAGCAGAUAGCCUCACGGCGACGCAGCCUCAGUCCAGAGCUCCACAGCCAGAGCUUUGUGCUGCAGGUGGGAACUGUGGAAGAGCUGCGGACCUGCACCUUGAGACUGGCUGUCUACAGCAGGGACUUCUCUGGCCUCAGAGAGGCUGCGCUGGGGGUGCUGGAGCUGCCCUGUGAGCAGAUGGACUGGGAGCCUGACACCACUGCGACCUACACCAGGCAGCUCAACCCAACAAAAAGCAAGCUGAAAAAGAGUGUGAGUUCUCAGGAGACGUUGGGUCGCAGGAAGAGCUCGGUGUGUGUGCCGCGGGUGUUGGGACAGCUGUUCAUCCUGCUGCAGUACCAGACAUUGGCCCAGCGCAUCAAGGUGAUGGUUCGAAAGGCUGAAAAUCUGGCCAAGCUCACACGGAUCCCAGGAGCUCCAGAGCAUUACGUUGUCAUUAACUUGCGUCAGGAUGGGAAAGUCAUCGGUACCAAGGAGACCAAAGGGGCCAGUGGUGCAAACCCUAUCUGGAACGCUCCUUUCCUGUUUGACUUGCCUCCUGGUGACAUCACUCAGCUCCCAUUGGUUCUUGAAUUCAUCAUCAUGCAGGGUCGUCUCUACACUAAGAACAGUAUUCUGGGCCGUGUGCUGAUUGGCAGCGACGCUUCAGAGGCAGGACAGGGACACUGGCAGGAAAUGUGCAGUCGAGGGCAAAUGGAAACUGCUCGCUGGCACACCAUCCAAUCAGAUGUGCUGUAGGACCUGCUGAUAGACUGUGAGAACAUGCUACGGUCUCUCUGCUAUUUUAGUUUGGUGGAUUUUUGAUGCUUAACAGUUUUUCAUGUAACCUAUCAACAAACAUUGAUGAUGAAUUGAAUAACUGGUGAUGCUGGUUGAUGAUUCGUGGGCUGCUUUCCACUGCAGGAGCUCAGGGCAGGCACGAGGUGGUGUGAGUGUUUACAGGAUCAGUCCCAUAAUUGGCUUUUCACGCUCCUCUUGUCCUUCUCAAACUUAAACAAUCAGCAUCAAGACCAACAGUUUUUUAAGGCUGCUCAGUAGUACCAACCCUGACACAGGUGUUUGUUCCUCACCAGGGGAACUUCCUGCAUUCAGAACCUCUUACAAAGAGUUUGUGCUGCCAUUAAACAGUCCACAAGUUCCUGCAGUGGCCAAACGGCCUCAUGUGUACUUACCAGAGGCCUAUAGAGGGAGAAGCAUUGAUCACUGUAUGGUGUAAGGAGUGAUGUGUAGCAGUUUUCUCCAGAUUAACAGUAUUUUGCAUCCCCCCAUUGCCUUUGUGAUUAUUUCCACUGUGACUUCUUAAACUGUAGUCUGUAAAACUGUCCCAUUCUGGAUGUACUGUAUGAAACCUGUGCUGAUGUUGUACUGUUUGUAUCGUGCCCAGAGACUACAAAAGUUAAUGUUGACUAGAACAGAAAUUUUAAGCAUAUACAGUAUGUUGUCACUGCUUGUGUUUUUUUUCUGUGAUUUAUAACUGUGCCACUGUUUGUCCAUUAACCGUGAAUGCCAUUCCAUACUAACAUCUUGCUUUCAGGAUGGGUCUUUUAGAGUGGAUUCACUAUAUGAGGCACAGCUGCUGAACUAUUGUUUAAUUUUGUACAUUCACAGGCCAUAUUACAAUUAACAUGUGGGAGCGUUGUGAUUCACAGUCACUAUGGCUAUACAGCAGUUAUAUAUUGCAGGCAGCCUAAAGAUGCACAACAAGUGCUAAUGAUAAUGAGAACUGUUUGUUUUUCAGAACCUUCCAUCUUGUCUCUUGUGUUGCUGUGUAAAGUGAAUCGCUGUGACUGCACAUAAUGCAGUUCUCAUCCGCUAUGGCUCUCUUGCUGGUGACCACAACCAGCAGUUGUUAGGAUGAGGCUGAACACAGAUUUAACACCACAGUGGCAGGCAUGAAAAAAUUAUCAGUAUAUCCUCUUUUAAAAUAGAAAUCUCAUUUCAAAAUGUGCUAUAUUUGAAAAAAACUUAACAUCUCCUCAACAGGAGGUGUGAGCAUAACAAAUAUUUCAAUUUUUUUGGGCAUCAUUCUUAAUAAUGAUAAUGUUAUUAACACUAACAUGUAAUGUUUAUUUUUUUGGAGUUCAGGCAACGUAUUGCUGUGUUGUGUUUGUGUAGUUUGUUUUAAAGUAUCCCACCCAUGUC